UCUCAUAUUUCUCUCCAUUUGUUCCCCAAGAUUAAAAUUAGAAAAGAAGGUGUGGGGCGUGACGACCCGGUGAAGUAGAGGAGGGAGGAGAACGAUUCCAUUGCCCCAUGGUUUCCUUCUCCUUCCCAUUGCCUGCUUGACAGCUACCAGCACCGUUGUCACAACGAUUUUCUGAUCAUAGUUCUCCUGCUUGCUGAUUUCCAUGGUGGAUCCAGACAGCUCCUCUCCGUUGGUGGCUCCAUCCCCGAUGCCGGAGCUCGGGGAGAUUGACCUCGAGGCCGGUCCUGGGGAGCAGUUACAGUGUCGGAUCUGCCUCGAGACCGACGGAAGGGAUUUCAUUGCUCCUUGCAAAUGUAAAGGGACUGCCAAGUAUGUUCAUCGUGAGUGCCUUGACCACUGGAGGUCUGUGAAGGAAGGAUUUGCUUUCGCUCAUUGCACAACAUGCAAGGCUCCCUACUACUUGAGGGUCCACGUGCUUGCAGACCGGAAGUGGCGCACCCUAAAGUUCCGUUUCUUUGUGACCCGCGACAUUUUGUUCAUUUUUGUCGCUGUUCAACUUGUUAUUUCCUCAUUGGGUUACCUCGUGUAUUUGAUCGAUAACUAUCAGCAGUAUUGGUUACGGUUAGCUUGGGGCUUUGACAGCAAGCUCAGUUUCUACUACAUAUGUGGUGCUCUUAUGUUCUUUGCUUUGCUUGGGCUGUCGGGAUGUUUCAUAACUUGUUAUGAUCGACGGGUGCGUAAUGAUUUGGCACAACCUUGUCGAGAAUUAUGUCUCUGUUGCUGCCAUCCUGGAAUGUGCGCAGAUUGCCAUCUACCCGGCACACUUUGCAUGUGGACUGAUUGUACCACAUGCUUUGAGAGUUGUGCUAGUGCAGCUGGAGAAUGCGGCUGUUUAGGUGGUGCCGGUGAAGCCGGGCUUCCUCUUCUUCUUAUUAUGGGACUCAUUGUGCUGGGCCUCUUCACCAUUGUCGGCAUAUUCUACAGCGUUCUUGUUGCCACCAUGGUUGGUCAGAGAAUUUGGCAGCGGCAUUACCACAUUCUUGCUAAAAGAAUGCUCACCAAAGAAUAUGUGGUGGAGGAUGUUGAUAGUGAGAUGGAAGAUGGGAAUUGGUCUCCACCACCUAUUCCUCCUGAGCAUGCACAACAGUUGAAGUCUCUUGGAUUGCUAUAAACCUUUUUCCCUUCUGCGUCAACAACUCAUUAAAGAUGAAUAUAGACGAAAGUGAUUCAUCUUCCUAAACUGAUUAAACUCUCAGAUAUCCCUGAUCAGAGGUAGAGAGUGUUUAUUGGGCUUUUUUUUUUUUCUUAGCUUACUCUUAUGAUGAACAGAAAUAUUUCAUGUCAUUUGUAAAUGUUAAUCUUUUAAUAUAUAAUUCUGUUUUUAUUUUUUUUUCUUGAACU